ACAGGCCACUUGGCAUACGUCUGUCAGGAUGCUUUUCUGGUCGUUGGCAGCUUGUGCACUGACAUGGUGCACAGUGCAGGCAACUUAUGACGUGAUAUUCGAAGAUGUUGACUGCUCUCAAGUUAACGAGGAAUAUAUAUCAACAUGCGAGUUAGAGCUGGACUACGACAGUACAUAUGGGGCCAGUAUGAGCACGUACAUAGAGGUUAUUAAGGAUUUUCCCCCCGAUGUGAAUAUAAUAGCCGAUGUAUUCACGGUUCGAAUGGGUGAAUAUACGGUUGAUGUUGGUCUACACGUGGAAGUAAAUCUCUGCGAAGUUGCGGAAGAUCCGAAUUCUAUAGCUGUUCCGAUAUUAAGAGCAGUCGACAUGAACGGUCCUUGCCCACCAACAGCGAGAACUUAUCAACUAGACGAAUACGUGAUCGACAAUAUGGAUGGUUUGCCACCGACAUUUCCCAGUGGUCACUAUUUAAUAAAUAUGACGUUUUAUACUGGAGAUACCACAAUAGUGCACUUCGAUGUUUAUAUAAGAGUCUACUGA